UAUAUAUAUACAAAUACACAAGACAAUGUGUAUGCGAACACAUCUCAGUUUUUACUUAAGUAUUAUUCUUCAUUUACUUUGGCAUUGCAAGUUGUGUGGUAGUACGACAUUCUUUCCCACCAAUUCUGCUUACGGUAUUUUUGCCGCUAUCGCUGUACCGCUGGAAUUGCCGCAUCGUAAUGUCUUCAUUUCAUAUAACUUCGAAGCGAAUUACAAUUUGCCAUACACAUAUGAUAUUCCGCCAAUUGCUUAUGGCGUCGAGGAAGAUGAAAUUUUUUCUGUACCAGAAGCAAGAGUUUUACAAAACACAAAUGAUUGUGCUAACUGCACUGAGUCAACAACAAAAACAACACCAACAACAAAAAUAACCACAACUACAAAUGCAAGUACAACCUCAACUACAGCGACGCCGCUUUUGAAUGCAACAAUUCUUGAUAGCAAAGAAGGUACAACAAAAAGACGUCGCAGGCAGAAAAGAAGCGCGCUGAAUUCAUUGCUGACGCGUACGCACUUCUAUCACAUACUCAUGGAUAAAUUUAGAAGAAGUGGCUACAAUGCUGAACCGUGUCUGCUGCGUUUGAUUUGUGAAACGAAUGCCUCAGGUCUCGGCGAGGUGAACGGUGUGCUGGGCUCAUUGGUGCAUAUUAUUUUCUCUCCCAGCACAUCUGCGCACGAAAAUCUGCCUCUUCAAUAUUAUCAAGCCGAAGUAGAUGGCGCACAUGGCGUUUGCGAAGAUUACAUAGCCGAGUGUGAGGAUAAUCCGUUAGAUUUGAUUUCAGUGCCACUUGGCGAAAUUAUCGACGAUUUAAUGAGUGGGAAAUAGCGACAGACGAAAUCGGAAAUAAAACUACUUGAU